AUGGCUCCGAGCAACAGCUGCGUGGCCCACGUGGAGGAGGAGCGGCUCCUGGUGAAGGAGAAGAACAAGUUGAGGAAGCCGAUGGUGGAGAAGAUGCGCCGCGACCGCAUCAACAGCAGCAUCGAGCAGCUCAAGGUCCUGUUGGAGAGGGAAUUCCAGAGGCACCAGCCCAACUCCAAGCUGGAGAAAGCCGACAUCUUAGAGGUGGCCGUCAGUUACCUGAAGCAGCAGCGCCAAAUUCAGGGCCAAGCAUUCAACUCUAAGAAUCCGGAACUCGAUUUUAACACCGGCUACCUGCAUUGCUUGAGAGAAGUGAUCUUUUUCUUCUCCUUCUGCGAUCCCAAGCGAGAAACCCAAACGCGGCUGAUCAAGCACUUCUGCAAGGUCCACGUGAUAGCAGAUUCCAUGCGCCCAGCUGUCGCAAUGGGCUGCCUGCCACCCUCUUCUCGCCCGGUGUCCAAGAAGCCUUCUACCCACAAGAGCUUGCCGGCUAACAGUGCCUCCAUUUGGAGACCGUGGUAGAAGUUCUGAUGGACAUCCUGGACAAAAACCAGAGAGCUUAAGGACAAACUCACUCACUAGCCCAGAGGGAUCGGUGAUUUUAGCAUCCCUCUUGAAAAAGUAGGAAACUUUAUUUCCGAGGAGAAGAGUGGGGUUCUUUUUCUGUAGGAAGAAAUAUUUCAGUUUUGUAAAAAAUCAGUUUCCUUCAUAGUGAAGGGGUGUUCAUGCAUCGUGCCCUGGAUGCGUUGCUUUUAUUAGGGUUGUAACAGAGAAGCGCUGUCUUUUUUACCUUUGCGGGGCAAAAUGAAAACAAAACAAACCCCGGUUAGGUUUCCUGGAAGGAUGCCUUCCUGACGUCAGAGGCAUUUUGCCAAGAAUUGCCACAGCAUCUGAUGGCGGAAUGACAGAUUUUGGCUCUGUUUGUGUUGGCCUUCGGGGAGAAGGGGGAUUUGUAGAUGGGAAGGGGGGGUAUCAUUUGUAUCAAUGUAUUGAGAAAGUUAUUUUGAUAACGAAAGGGACUUUUCCUUAGAUUUGCUCUCUCUGUGUGUGCUUCUCUCAUUCUGAGAGGGAAUAGGAUGCCUUUUGUAAAGGAAAAACACCUACCUGUAUCUUUCUUAAAGAGAAAGCGUUGUGAGUGUCUCAUGCUGGGAGGACGUUAACUUACUAGAAUGCUUUUAUAAAGUGAUGGUGCGUUCAUCACACCAGACGGUAAAUGUAAUUUGAAUGCCUUUGUGGGUCAUGUCAAUAAAAAUUGCAUAGAUAUGA